AUGGCAGAUGAAAAUAUUUUGCCAUAUCCUUACGAAUUUUAUGAUUUAACCGAUGAAGAAAAGAGUCUUAACGAUAAACUUCACAAUUAUCCAUAUGAAUUAGCUCGUCUUGGCCCCAAAGGCUAUAUAGUCACCAAAGCUUUCAAAAAGGAUGCUGCUAACAUCUACAACCUGCCUUUAAGGUCCAGCGACAUAUUUGUCACCACUUAUCAGCGAUCAGGAACAACGUGGACUCAAGAAUUGGUGUGGCUUCUGGCAAGUGACCUAAAUUAUGAGAAAGCGUUGACUGUUCCACUCAUCGAAAGAUAUUCAUUUCUGGAAAUGUUCAUGUUUAUGCCUGACGCAGGAUUAGAAAGUUUCAUGAAGGUUGUGAGUCAGAAUAAUGAAAAUUUUAAUAAGGAAACGACGAUGCAAAUGGUUGAAUGGCUCCGUACUCCGGUAACGCGCAACCUAGCCUCAAGGCCCUCACCUCGCUUUAUAAAGUCCCACCUUCCCAUGUCCCUACUGCCUCCAAAACUUUUAGAUACAGCAAAAAUGGUGUACGUCGCACGAGAUCCCAGAGACGUGGCUGUAUCAUUCUAUCAUCACACCAGGCUAUUCAUGCAUAAUGGUUUUAAAGGAACCUUUAAGCAGUUUUGGCACCUAUUCUGUGAGAGUUUAUUGGUGUUGACCCCAUUCUUCGAGCACGUCAAAGAAGCUUGGGAGAAGAGACAUGACCCGAACAUGCUCUUCCUGUUCUAUGAAGAUUUGUCAAAGGACUUACCUGCUGCAGUUAAACGCGUGGCGGACUUCUUGGGUAAGAAGUUGGAUGACGCCCAAACAGCUGCUCUCUGUGACCACUUGAGUAUAGAGAACUUUAAGAAAAACAAAGCUGUCAACUUUGAGGAGCUCAGAGGACUCGGAAUGUUCGCAAAAGACGAAGUAUUUAUUAGAAAAGGUAAAGCUGGAGGCUGGCGAGACUAUUUCGACGAGGAGAUGACACAACAAGCUGAGAAAUGGAUCGAGGACAACCUGAAGGACACAGACCUGCGCUUCCCCACUGUCAAAUAA